GCUUUCAUUGUAGACCAAAGCCGCAUCUAUACAGCGGCUCUCAACCAAGCGUUUUGCUAGACUCAUUUUGAAAGACUUACUUGUGUAUGUAUCUUGGUCAAUACCAGUACCCUUUGCGGAGGUGUUCCAAGGUUGGUACGUGGCUACACCUGGGCACCUCACGAUAGGACCUCGAGAAUCUCAAACAGCGCGUCACAGUUGGAGAGAGGGCGAAAUGGAAGCGAAGAUUAAGAUCAAAGCAGUAUGGCGUCCGCUAUCCGCCGGCGACAUUACCAGCCUCGUCCAAGUAGCUGAUAAGAUCCAUCCCGACCUCCCUGAAAGCAACGAAGUCUUCGCAGAACGUGCCAGGUUGUUCCCGCAAGGCUGCCAAGGUCUGUUUGACGAAACCGGUGAAAUUUGCGGAUAUAUCAUCUCGCAUCCCAUUCGCAACUGCGAGCCUCCAGCUCUAAAUCAGCUUCUCGGCGAAAUCAGGCCGGAUGCGGAUCAGUACUACAUUCAUGACUUGGCUAUUCUUCCCGAAUUCCGUGGAUCUGGGCUCGCGCAUCAGUGUCUCCACGAGAUCUUGGAAACGGUUGCUAAGCGAUAUGCGACUACUGGCCUUGUUUCCGUCUAUGGUACAGGGGACUUUUGGGGUCGAUAUGGUUUCAAGGCACCAGCAAUCGAUGAGGUAUUGGAGAGGAAGGUUCGAGACUAUGGAGAUGACGCGGUGUAUCUCGAACGCAAGAACGAGUCGUAGACACAUGAGUGAAGAAUGGAUAGAGCGGGCUAUUUCAAUCGGGAUAAAAAGUA